AUGGUUUCAUAUUUUACUUUUGACAUCACCGGUGAAGGAACCAACUUUCAAAAAGAAAUAUCUAACAUGAUGCACGGGUUCGGAGACAAUCCUAAUCCUAAUGCUGCAACAAUAGUGCUGGUGGAAAACAUCGUCUUGCAACAAUUAAGAUGGAUGUUACAAGAAGCUUUUAAUUAUUCGAUUAUGAGAGGCGCAAAAUCAAUAACAAAUUAUGAUAUUAUAUACUUGAUUAGAAAAAAUCCUGUGAAACUGAAACGACUUCAUGACUAUCAAAUUAAAUUAGAUCGAAUUGACAAAAACCGACAAUCCACAAUCGGUACACCAACAGAAACUAUUUUACCAGGUAUUAUUUUGGAUGAUGAUAAAGAUAUUACUAUGAAGAAAAAACGUACACAUAUUGAUAUUAUAAAAGAAAUUGAUGAAACAGAUGAAGUAAGUCAGAUCAAGUUUGAUGCUAUUGAUUACUUAAGAAAAGUUCGUGCAGCUAAAAUUACUGAAUCAAUGUCAUUUGAAAAGUAUGAGGCAUAUCAUAAAGCUCGUUGUGUUUCAUUUAGAUCAGGAUAUGGUCUCAGCAAAGGAUUUAUAAAAUUAGAAAAGUGGAUUAAUCCAAAUAAAGAGCUAAAAAUCAGUCAGCAAGCUUUAGAAGUUUUAUGUUUUUUAGCCUACGAGACUGUUGCUGAGAUAGUUGAUGCUGUUUUUUUGAUUCGCCAAGAUAGUAAGAAGAAAAGUGGAGAUCCUUUUAGUAAAUUUGAAGGUGGACAUUUCUGUAAUCCACAGAGCUUAAAUAAUUCUGUUUACAUAAAAACCGGCUAUGAAGGUGUUCCAGCAAUAACUGUUGCAGAAGUAAGAGAGGUAUUAAGAAGGUAUUUCAAACCUACAAUUGGUAUGAAUGGUUUGUUUUACAGAAAUAUGUGUAUGGAUUUACCAAUAAGAUUUAUUGCAAUA